AUGUCGGGGAGUUUUCGAGUCCCAAAGCUAUUUAAACGUCUUAAACAAGAUCAUGGUUUGCCAUCCUUCGACUGGACAUUAGUCCAGGACCAAACAGAACUUGCGAGUGGUGCAUUUGGUACUGUUUAUUUGGCAAAUUAUGGUCGUGGAGAUGAAGCUCGAAAAAUCGUGAUCAAAAAGUUGAAAAGUGAAUCGCUCGAAGCGAAACGUCGGUUUGUCAAAGAAGCUGAAAUGGUCAAUGAUGCAAAGCACCCGAAUAUAUCAAAGUUUUUUGGUUUUUCGGACAGUCCACAUGCCAUUGUGAUGGAGUAUGAAGGUUUUUGUUUUAGCCCAUUUGGUGUUGACAAACUAGUCAGCAACCUCGAAGAUUUUUACCACUAUGUGGAUUGCGAAUAUAAUUUUGAAGCAUUCGCUGAUGUUUUGCACACAGUGACCGGCCUCGAGUACCUACACAGACGUAACAUUGCCCACCGCGAUUUAAAGCCUCGGAACAUUUUGGUAUCCAAUCAACACUAUUGUAACAAUGAUCUCACUGGUCUUGAGGAAGAUUAUGCGAAGUGCCCGAUUGUCUGCAAAGUUGCCGAUUUUGGUCUAAGCAGAUCAUUAGACGCACAAACUCAAUCUGUACUGCAGUCAAGGACGCAAGAUGUUUGUCGUGGCACACCUAUCUACAUGGCCCUGGAAAUCCAAACUGGUAGACUGACGAAAGCAACCCAGAUUGAUUUGCAGUUGGGGGAUAUGUGGUCGUUGGGUAUCUUAGCAUAUGCCACGAUAAACCCGAAUCUUAGCAGUCCUUACCGCAAGGAGGCAGAGAAUUUCAGAGCUGUUUUAGAUGGCAAUAUGAUGAGGCAGUUCAUGGAGCAGAAGUGUCUUCCUGAGCACGACAGAAAGUAUGAGGUGUUACAAGUUACGGAAUGGUCGCAAAUAGAGGAAGUGUUUGACGCAUGUGCAAAGUUUGAGCCAGGAUCGAGACCAACAGCAAUGGAAAUUUGCAAUGUGGUGAAUUUAAAGGAACCUGAAGCAUCCCUGACCAUCAAACCUCUUAAAAAUAGCCAAAACACUGCUGUCGAAACGGCUGAUUUUAAUUUCGCUACCGGACUUGUUAGCGCAAGUGUCUACAUCUGCUACACGUUCAGGUCAAUCGAUGCUGCCAAAAAACGAUGGAACUAA